AUGGGGUGUAAGCCCUCGACGCUCGGGCCUCGCGGCCGACCCUCCGAGGCAGUUGCCGCUGGUCUGAUUGCUGCGGCACCAGCCCCCACUGCUUAUACAGACGCUGCAGGCACUGAAUCCGCUGCAUUAGACUCCCCUCGCAGCGGCUUCAGCCAAGGCAAUGCAGGCUCAUCCCUCCGGCUGCGUCUUGCCUCCCUAAAGCCUGAUAUGAUGAUGAAGUCCUUAUCAUCGCCUCGCCAAACCCUAGCAAGCGGCUACGACAAGCUCAAAAAAGGGGCUUCUUCGCUCCGUCAAGCGAUCACUCCCCAUACAACUCCAGGGGCCUCACCGAGGGAGGAGGUGACCCCGGACGGCCCGGGAGGACCCCACUCGAUAGCCAGUAAUGCUAUCAAGGAGGCUGACAACCCCGCCUGUCUCGACGUGGCUGAGACGAAGAGCCAAGCGGUUACCGGCACCAUGCACACGGUUGUGGAGCCUGCUGGAGAAAAACGGCACGAAGGAGAGGAUGUAGAGGAAGCCGAUAUCCUCAAUGCGGAUGUACUGCCUUCCCCUCAGCAGUUAAAAGCCCUUUGGAUCCUCAUGAAAUUAAACGCAGCUUCUUCGUCCCAACAGUCUAUGCGCUGGCUACAUGACCUCGAAGUCCUCCUCGUCGGCCUAGACCCCAUCGAAAGGCAACAGCCGACCCGAAGCAUCCUGGUGGAGGCAAAGGCCCUGGAGGUUUGUUUGAGACCUCUCACCAGCUGCCCCGAAGAGACGCAGCUGUGUGUUUCAUCUCUGGCCAUCAUUGUGCAUCUCUGCAUGGCGAAGGAAGCCUCGGAGAGGCUUCAACAACUUGGGGGGAUCGACAUAACUGCCAAAAUUCUAAAGAAAUACUUCGCAAAAGCAAAAAAAGUGCUGAAGGAGAUAUCACUGAUGCAUGUACAACCAGAAGGGGCACACUCGGUGGCAGCUACCCCUAUGGGCUCUGAGCAGCAACAGCAUCCUCAGCAGUCUCAGCAGCAAGUGCAUCCAGAGGUGGAGCAGCAGGCCGACGCCUUGAAGCCAGAAACUCCUGAGCCAAGCCCAACAGCAGUCCCCGUGGACGAAUCCGCCGCUCAAGCUGCACAGGAGCAACCCAAUGUUCAGGUAGCAGCAGCUGUCGAAGGCUCUGUAGAAUCCUGCGAAGCAGCUGUUCCUGCAGUGCCCCAAAACACUCCCUCCGUAAGCACCCCCAUGCCUGCUUCAGCCGUCGGUGCAGCUGAAUCUGCUUCCCCCAACACACCAGGAUCAAAAGAAGAAGCACCAGAAGUAGCGCACGUGGAGGCUGCAGAGCCGGCGGAGGCCUCAGGACAAGCAGAAGCAGCAGCAGCAGCACUAAAACCAGCUGCAGCAGCCCCGGAGCAAUCCGUCGCAUCACAGCCAGAAGCGUCUACAAAGGCCCAAGGCGGCAGCAACGGCCAGAUGGCUGCUCUCAAGCGAGCCUGCAGCAAGCUACAGCAACAGCUUCCCCUGCUACUGCAGCAGAAGCUUGGCACGGCCACAGAUGUAGCGGUAUCCCAAGAACAGUACGACUCGGCGGUUAGGGAGCUCAGACUUCUUAUUGAGUUCAUGACGCUCGUUUGGAGACUGGUCUUCGCCACCAGCCUUGAUGGGGAUGAAUUCGCGCAGCGGUGGGCGAGUCUUGGCGUGCCGGAACUAGCGCUGGAGGCUCUGUCCUCUCAGGAGGCGCCUUUUCAGGAGAACGGAUUUGUGUGCUGGGGCUUAGGUGCCUUGCGAUUCAUUCCCCUAGCAGUGCCUUCGGUGACUGAGGCAUACGUGCAGUCCAAGUCGCUGCUGGCUGUGGCCUUUGAUCGCAUGGAGCUGUACCCGCGGGAUCCUCUAGUCCUUGAAAACGGCCUUGCAGUGCUCGCUAAUUACCAGCGGAAGCAGCCGAAUAACAGCAGACUCUUCAGCCGCCAGAGGCCAGAGGCGUGGUCCAAGUGCGUCAGCUGGCUGUUAGAAGACGCCUCUCUGUCGCGGAUCGACGUUCUCUUCCAAGGGCUCUUCGCCCUUGGGCUCGCUUGCAGCUACUGUCCCGUUGCAGCCAGACGUGUCUGGCAUGCCGGGGGCCUCGCACUCACCGACAGAGUACUUACGGCUCAUGGGGAUUUGCCCAGAGAGUCCUCAAGCUCCAGCACGACAGAUUCCAAGUUGGCAACUUUGCAACAGUUCGCUGAGGGUCUUAAGAUGCUGCUGCUGCGAGCGCAAGAAGCGGAGGCCGCAGAGGAGGCAGCAGCCAAGAGGGAAGACGCCUCAGCAGCGGGGACUGCCGCAGUGGAUUCGCUUCGUGCUAUUGGGUCGCUGCAACCAUGUUUUUGUGCUUGUACACAGGGAGGGACACUCUAG